UGUCUGACUACGUAGUGCUCAAUUUGAUUACUCAAUCUUCCUCGCUAGAUAUUCCGGUGCUAGGGUUUUCCAACUGUACAAUUUCAGGCGGUUCGGUUUAGUUCAGUAGAAAGUUUGGAUAUUCGGGGUGCUUUCUCUUCUGUUGAUUUUGAACAGCAUAUUGAACAGUCUCGUAAUGUUCACGUCAUAGAGGAAGCCGGAUUGAGAGAGAACUCACAGACCAUAGGAACUGGGUUUGCUGGUGCAACACUAAAAAGCUUGGACGAAAGAGAAAGCAACGGAUUUUGUUGACGCUUGAACUCAUUGAGCAACUGUAGGGUGAAGAUGGCAGUCGACGGAUCAGAGAUGAAUGAUUGGAGGACAUUUAUAAAUUCUGGCUUAUUGGAUAAAGAUACGGAGGAGGCAAGAUACCGACAAUCAUUGGAGGAUAAAAUAGCAAAGCUUGAAAGAGAGCUUUUUGAUUAUCAACAUACUAUGGGGCUUCUACUUAUUGAUGAGAAGAAAUACACAAGAGAGAAUGAAGUACUCGGGGAAUUACUAGUUGAGACUCGAGAGAUUCUAAAGCGUGAGCAGGCUGCACAUUUAAUGGUACAGUCAGAAGCCAAGCACAGAGAAGAAAGUUUGAGGAAAGCUUUACAUUCUGAAAAGCAAUGUGUGGACGAGCUUGAGCAAGCUUUAUGUGAGAUCCAUGCAGAGCAUGAGCAAGUCAGGGUCACUUCUGAGAGAAAAUUGGCUAAUGCAAAUGAAUUGGUUACUGACAUAGAGGGAAAAUCUCAAGAGGUUGAAGAAAAGUUGAUUGCUGCUAGUGCAAAACUGGCAGAGGCAAGCAGGAGGACUUCAGAAUUGGAGAGGAAAUUGCAGGAGGUGGAGACACGUGAUAGUGUGCUACAGAAGGAGCUUAUGUCAUUGAGCUCAGAGCGAAUAGCACAUGAGGCUACCAUUCGCAGACAUAAAGAAGAUUUGCAUGAAUGGGAGAGGAAACUGCAGGAAACUGAAGAGAAAUUAAAUGAAGACAGUAGAACCAUACUCAAAAGAGAGGAUAUUAUAAAUGAAUUGAACAGGAAUAAUAAAUUGAAAGAAAAGGAGCUUGAAGAAACAGAAAAGAAGACCGAGCUUACCAGACGUGCUCUGAAGGAGAAGGAAGAAACCAUAGAUGCUAGAUUAUCAGAGAUAUUAUCAAAAGAGAAAGAUGUCGAAUCUCUUAGAAGCAAGUUGGAAAUUAAGGAGAAGGAAUUGCAUGUGUUGGCAGAAAAUAUAAGUGUCAAAGAAAAAGUAGAGAUUCAGAAUGUUCUUGUCGAGCACAGGGCCAUGUUGGAUAGGAAGAAACAGGAGUUUGACUUUGAGAUGGAAGAGGAGAGAAAAGCUUUUUACAACGAUAUGAGAGGUCAGGAAGAGGCACUACAGAACAAGGAACUGGAGGUCAAGCACAUAGAGGAAAAACUGGGAAAGCGAGAGCAAGCUUUGGAAAUGAAGUCAGAGAGACACAAGGAAAAAGAUAACGACCUUGAAACAAGGACAAAGGCUCUGGAGGAGAAAGAAAUAUCCUUGAAAGCGGCUGAGAACAGAUUGGAAGUAGAGAAGAGGGAAAUUAUUGCUGAUAAAGAUAGCUUGUUUGCCCUCAAAGAUGAGCUUGAAGAGUUGAAGACUAACACCAAUCAACGUAGACUGCAGAUACAUGAAGAAACUGAGAAACUUAGGGUUACUGGCGAAGAAAGGGCAGAACACUUACGUUUGCAAUCAGAGUUGAAAGAAGAACUAGAAAAAUAUAGAACUCAGAAGGAGCUACUUUUGAAGGAACAUGAAGAUUUGAAGAAUGAUAGGAAAAAGUUUGAGGAAGAGUGGGAAGCGUUGAAUGAGAGGCGGACUUUUGUCUAUGAAGAGGUGAAGAAACUUGAUGAAGAAAAGGAGAAGUUGGAAAAAUUUAGAACAGCGGAGGAAGACAGGCUUGAGAAGGAGAAACUUACUGCAAAAGAAUACAUAAAGAGAGAGUUGGAAGCUGCCAGAAUAGAUAAAGAAUUAGUUGCAACAACAAUGAAGCACGAGCAGUCAGUUCUAUCUGAUAGAGCCCAAAAUGAACACACUCAAUUGCAUCAUGAAUUUGAGAUGAGGAAAAAAGAUCUGGAGACUGAUGUUCAAAAGAAGAAAGAUGAAAUGGUCAAAAUCUUGCAGGACAAAGAAAGGGCAUUUGAAGAAAUAAGGGAAAAUGAGCUUAAGAAUAUCAGCCACUUAAAAGGUAUUGUCCAAAGUGAAAUGGAGGAACUCAAGCUUGAGAGGUCUAGGAUUGAAAAGGACAAGCAAGAGAUUGGUUUGAACAAGAAAGAACUUGAAGUGCAUCAACUUGGAAUGCACAAAGACAUUAAUGAUCUUGGUACAAUUAGCAAAAAUCUCAAAGAACAGCGAGAAAAGUUUGCUGAGGAGAGAAAUAGGUUUCUUGGGUUCGUCGAGAGUCUUCAAAAUUGCAAGAAUUGUGGCGAUGUUGCACAGAAUUUUUUGUUGUCAGACAUGUUUGUCGAAAUGGAUGAUUGUCAGCAACUUCCACUUACAGGUCUAGAAACUGAUCACUUUCAGAGCUCUCAAGAUGAGGCUGUUCUUAAUUCUAGAAGCCGUAUUUCUUGGUUACAGAAAUGCACAUCUAAGAUUUUCAAAUUGACUCCUGUUAAGUUCGAGCAAGGAAGUGCUUCCCAGGACGUAAAGUCACCUGUAUCUGCUGAUUUUGCUACUCUACCAACUUCUGGAGCAGUUAACCCUAAAAAUGUUAUCAAUAAUUCUUCUGAUGCUCUGCUACAAGCAUCAGCUUGCAAAACUAGAGAGGUUGAUGUAAGAAACACUCCAUAUUCUGAAACUCAAAGCUACAUGGAGAACAAACAAGAAGAAUUUCAAGAAGUUUCUCAACAAUCUGAAAUAAAGAGUGUUCAGAACAAACGUGGGACAAAAACUAAGGCACGCGUAUCUAGAACACCUCCAGUUAAGGCUGUGGUGGAUGAAGAUUCCAAAAAGAUAAUGGGGGAGAAUUCAGAACAGCAAAAACUCAUUGACCAGCAACCUAAUGAAUCAUCUUACAUGAGUGCAAGUAUGGGAGAUUCUAGCCGCACCGAGUUAGCACCUGGAAACUCUCAAAGGAAGAGGAGGCUUUCAGAGAGUCAACAGGAUGAUUGCGAUAGUGAAGCACAUUCUGGGAGUGUGACUACAGCUGGAAGAAGGAAACGUCGCCAGACAAUUACUCCUGCUCUGCAAACUACUCCUGGCGAGAAGCGUUAUAAUCUCAGGAGGCAUAAGCCAUGCAGUUAAAGAUGAGAACGUGGAUGCGGCAAAGUUGUUUGAGAAUGGAUUGUUCUUCUGUGAUAAACUAUUGGAUCUGAAGCAAGAUGUUAUCAAUGGAAAUGAUCCGGUGUCAAACAUCAAUAGGGAAGAAGAUCUGUACUUUUUUUUUGUUUUCUUUAUUCCACAGCAUGCCUUUUUGAUGAUUCUGCUGCUACUAUGAUUUCCUAAAUAGAUAUCUAUUCCUUUU